UUUGCGGGUUCAACCAACAAGGCACAGCAUCGCGAAACAAAACCAAGAGAACAAGGAAGCACCCGCGCCCGAUUUGCUUGUCUGUUGAGACGCAGCUCUGCGGAGCCCUUGCGGCCCGGAGCCGGCUGUGGGCCGGGCCAGACGAGCUCCGACGCGACUGGCCGGGAGCCUGUGGCCUCAUCGUGUCCGGGAAGGCCGGCCUGAGCGCAUUCGCCCCCGCCGCGUUCUCGACGUCCUCGCACCUGGACGGCUCAGCGCUGCGCCAUGGCCCGUGGCCUGGACGCGGCGCGCAGCUUUUUGGAGCGGCUGGAGGCGCGUGGCGGCCCGGAGGGGAUGGCUCUGGCUCGCGAGUUCAGCGAUAUCCGUGCCUGCUUUGACGCCUGGAAGACUGACAACGUGUGCUCCACAGAGGCUGGCAGUGUCUCCAAGAAUGUGGGGAAGAACCGCUACAAAGACGUGGUGCCCUAUGAUCAGACACGAGCGAUUCUCUCCCUGCUUCAGGAGGAGGGACAUGGUGACUACAUCAAUGGCAAUUUCAUUCGGGGCGCAGACGGAAGCCAGGCCUACAUCGCCACACAAGGACCCCUGCCGCAUACCUUGAUAGACUUCUGGCGCCUGGUCUGGGAGUUUAGGGUCAAGGUGAUUCUGAUGGCAUGUGGAGAGACAGAGAAUGGGCGGAAAAAGUGUGAACGUUACUGGCCCCAGGAACAAGAGCCACUACAGAUUGGGCCAUUUUGCAUCACUCUGAUAAAGGAACUGGCACUGAAUGCAGACAUCAUCCUCAGGCUCCUCUUGGUCACAUUCCAGAAGAAAUUCCGUUCUGUGCACCAGCUGCAAUACAUGUCCUGGCCAGACCGUGGGGUCCCCAGAAACCCUGACACUGUACUCACAAUGAUAGAGGAAGCCCGCUGCCUCCAAGGAUCUAGCCCUGGACCCUUCUGUGUCCACUGCAGUGCUGGCUGUGGGCGAACAGGUGUCCUGUGCACUAUUGAUUAUGUGAGGCAGUUGCUCCUGACCGAGAUGAUCCCACCCGACUUCAGCCUUUUUGAUGUAGUCCUUGAGAUGCGGAAGCAGCGGCCUUCAAUUGUGCAGACAGAGAAGCAGUACCGGUUCCUGCACCAGGUAGUGGCUCAGAUGUUCUACUCGGCUCUCCAGAAGACCAGCCCCGAGGACCAGAACCUCAAGGAGAACUGUGCUCCACUCUAUGAUGAUGCGCUUUCUCAUUGGACUUCCACAGACCUUCCUGCCAACCCUGGCCCACCGGGCACAGUUCUCAGGAGCAUCUCGAUGCCGGCAACACAGCCCCUCGCCAUGGCGGACACCUACGCCGUGGUGCAGAAGCGCAGGGACCCUGCAGGCGCCGCCCCGGAGGGGCAGGAGAGCAGCGCAGUCGAGAAGCCGCUCUACAGCCAGGUGAUGCCGCGGGCUCAGAGGCCUGGGGCGCACGCGGAGGAGGUGCAAGGGGCGUCGCCAAGCUGCUCUCCUGCUGACCGAAGCUCUGCCGGCCAGGAUGCUUAUGAAGAUGUGGCAGACGGAGCGCAAACUGGUGGGCUAGCAUUCCUGCCUCCACCCUUCCAGCUGCAGGAAGGGGAGGUGCGUCUCAUAGAUCAAGAUCUGUGUGCAUGGUUUUAUGAACCUCCACCUAGCAUCAAGGACCCCAAUGCCUACAUGGUGAAGGAGGACAUGCUGUGUGCUGCAGAAUUUGAAAAGCAGAGAUCUGUCUGCAGAGGAGACUCCGGGGGUCCCCUUGUCUGCCCAGUACAAGGAGUCUGGUAUCUGGUAGGGGUGGCCAGUUGGAGCACAGAGUGUUUGAAGCCUGUGGGCCCAAGCGUCUUUGCCAAGGUCUCCUACUUUUCCCAGUGGAUUCAGGAGAAGAAGAGUGCCAAUCCUGAUCCUGACAUUGUCUUGGCCCCUACUACAGAAAAGACUCCAGCCCUGACUACAGAAAAGACUCCAGGCCUGACUGCCUUUAAUCCUCAGGACACUGUCAAACCUCAGGUUUUCAUGGUCCUGCUGUCUUCUCAGAUCUUCCUGCUGCAGCUCAUUUUGCUGAGGAACAGGUGAUGGACCCACAGCAUCCCAAUGUCUAGGCUUUGCCCACAAGUGUCCUGGCUGAGCUCUGCACUACCUUUCUUUGCUUCUCCCCUUGGGCUUGCCUGUCCAUCUGAGGCCAACUGUGUUCCAGGACUGACAAAAUAAAAGCAAACAAAGGGAGAUCUGGCUCUUAUUUCUCACACAUCAUUGCUGUACCUCAUGCCCUGCUGGGCACUGAGCUGCCUGGUAUGAACCAGUGUCGUCCUUCUUUCCCUGGGCAGAGACACUCAGGGGACUACACUGGCCAUGUGGGAGCUUUGUGGCGCAACUUGGGCAGUUGAAUCCCACAAAUUGAGUCUCCUGUCAGGCCCUAAAGGGCAUGUGUUCUUUCAGAAUAAUGAGCCAAAAUACUGGGUCUGGGAUGUAACCCUGUGGAGGAGCACUGUGUGCUUCCACAGUGGGCACGAAGAAUCCCGGGGCUCACAGAAGCUCUUGUGGAAAAGCUGCAGUGAUAGACAGCAAAGGAGCCUGAGGUUCAAGAACUUUCUUUUAAUAUGUGAACUAGCUUGAAUAAUUUGUCAAACACAGCCAGGUACCUGAACUGGGCAUAAAAAGGAAGGAAUUUGGACUCGAGAAAUUAACCAGUUAGUGAGAGGAUCCUGGAGAAACUGGAGGUAGUCUUGCGGUAGUUGUACCUGGGGUAAAGGGUAGAACAGGGAGCAGACAGUUUUGAGAAGACCAUUGACCUACCAAGUCUUCUCUUGGUCCCCCAUGGUUUUAAUCAAGGUCCAUCACCAUUGCUCAGGUGCCAGGACUGCAGAGCAAGUGUCAUGAGUGCUCCCCCAGCCACCCAUGAGCCAUUGUGUCCCCAAAUCUGGUUGUGGCUUAGAAACACAAUGUCCCAAAAUGGCUCAGGUGUUCAGAGGUGGGGCUUUCAGAAGGUGACUGGGUAAUGGGGCUGGUGUGAGUGACUUGUUAGUAAGCAGUGGGCCUGAUUGGUGGGCGU